AUGGACCCUCUCCCAGAGUACUCUCAAUUCCUGAUCCGGAUCCUGGAGGAGCUGGACACCAAGCACCACACCAUGUCCUACCAGGACCUGUGCAAGUCCCUGUGCGCCCGCUUUGACCUGGUGCACCUGGCCAAGCUCCGCAGCCUGCUCUUCUACACAGCCUGUCUGGAUCCUGCGUUCCCAGCCACACUCUUCAAGGACAAGAUGCGUUGCUCUGUAGAGGACCCGCAAUCCAAGAAGCUCAUGGUGGCUGCAGAUAUCGUCACCAUGUUCAACUUGAUCCAAAUGAAUGGAGGCAUAUCCAAAGACAAUCUCCCUUUAGUGCACAGGCCCAAGUUCCACAAGAACAAGUCGGUAGAGGUGUGCAGCUCUGACAACGAUGCGUAUAAGUAUCAGGACUGUGACAGAGGGGCUGUUUACAAGAACAUGGAUCCCCGCAGGGAUGGACACCACCACCACCAUCCCCAUAGUUCCCCUCAGCCGCACCAUGUGGGUCAGACUGCCUCUCCCGGCCCUAAACGAUCGGAGUGCAAUAACUGCCAGCCGUUUAUUCCCACCUCAGACCCCAACUUCCUUCUUGGGGUCAGCAAGGACCUGAAAUGUAGAGCAGUCUCUCUGGACAAACUUCACCAUUUGCCCCAGUAUCGCAGCAGCAGUCCGCCCUCUCCACCAUGUGAAAUGCAGAGCACCUACUUUCCCAUGGAUAUCGACAGCGAGUCCACGACCGACCAGGAGUCUUUGCAGCACAUUCGCCAUCCAGAGCCUUUCACUGUUCACUCCUGUGUCCAGAAGAGAAAUAUCUUUAAACAGGACUUCCACAACUUCAUGACCGUCUCACCACAGGUCGUCACCAAUGUGAGCAAACAGGGCAGUAAGGCUGCUGAUGGCUACCACAGGAGGGAGCUGCACAAGCCUGCCACUUUCUUCAACCACAGCUUUGAACUGCCUUACAGCAACCCCUAUUUCGAGCCCACACUCAACUCCCCUCUCCAGAACCGUCAGAGGGUGAAGCACGAGAGCCUGGACGACCUACAGGCGUCCACGUACUUUGGUCCGACCACGAACUCUGAGUUUGUCAGCAGCCGGAAGCACAAUAACAGAGCAGGAAAGCAGCCGGCGUGGCCAGUGAAGAGCCUCAGUCUCAAUACAGAAGAGGGGCCUCCAGACUUUGAGAGGUCUUUUCUGAACAGCAAACCACUCAAAGACAACCACCAUCGCACUAUCAGCCUCAUCUGCAACGACAAUGAGCAACAUUUUCAGACCCUGAAGGAAAAUGUGGUAUCUUCCCCUUCUGCUUUUGCAAAGAAAAUAAAUGGAAUAAAAAACAAAGAUGUAACACUGAUAGCAAGCGGGCCAGUGGGUAUGGACAAAAGAGAGGCAACCAAAAGAUUUAGGAACAAAAAUAUGAACAGUCCAUCCUUUCAGGGAGGGGACAGCUCCUCUAGUAUUGGGACUCAAACUGAGCAGGCUGAGCGGAAGAAGGUGAAGGAACAACCAGUUAAAUACAUUGACAGAGAGAGACAAGCCUUCAAACACUCUGAUGAGGACUCUGAGAUUGUUAGUGACGACAUAAGUGACAUUUUUCGUUUUCUGGAUGACAUGAGUGUUUGUGACUCUCUGGGAGUUGUACAGUCGUCAUGCUACAACAGCACUGGGUCUCUUUCUCAGCUAACACUGAAGUCGGAAGGUGACAGCUCCCCUGAGCGCAACACGGUCAGACUAGCCAAGUCCAAGCUGGACCGCCUCUUCAAUUCACUGGAAAACACAGACGAUGAACUUAAGUCGAGUGUGUGCAAACUGGUGAUGAGGAUUGGUGAUAUUGAGAAGAAGCUGGAGUCUCUGUCGGGGGUCCGCAGUGAGAUCUCCCAGGUCCUCUCCAAGCUCAACAAGCUGGAUGAGAAGAUCCAGGAGCCCGAGGCUAAUGGAAGGCACAGGGACAAGGUGUCUGCAUCUGGGUGUAAUGCCACCCCUGACAAGUCUCACCCAUGCACACAACAACAUCUCGACGCCACUCUCUCACCUCGCACUUUCCAGUGCCACACCACCGGCCACAAUAUCAAAGUGGACAAUGGCCCCCUGGGAGAGUGGUGCUGCUCGGAUGGGAGUAAUAGUGGCAGCCUCAGGGUGAAAGCUCUGAAGAAGAGUAUGCUCACCAGGAGGUCAUCCCGCUCACUCAAUGAGGAGAACAGCGCCACUGAGUCAAAGGUUGCCAGCAUCACUAACUCUCCACGGGACUGGAGGACAGUGUCCUACUCCUGCCACCCUGGAGACGAGAGCAAUGACAAAGAUAGAGAUGGCAAGGACAGACACCGGAAAGCCAAAGAGUUCGAGCGUCAGUAUGAGCUUCCCCAGUCCCACCUGACCCCCAACGCCCACCCUCCCCUGAUCGAACAGGUUUUCUCUCCGCACCCCUUCAACCCCUCCAUCAAGGCCCAUGUGAAAGGCAGUCACCUGUACACUGACCUGAGGCUCACCAGUCUGUCAGAUGCCAAGCGCGGCCAGCCGUCCUGGACCAUCGAGGAGUAUAAACGCAACUCAGGAGAGAAAGGGAAGCAGUUCGCAGCCCUGGACGUGAAGACGCAGGAGUCCCUAAACCCAAACAACGUGGAGUACUGGAUGGAGGACAUCUACACACCAGGCUAUGACUCACUGCUCAAGAGAAAAGAGGCAGCGUUCAGGAGGGCUAAGGUGUGUAAGAUCAGCGCACUGAUAGCUGCCGCUACCUGCACCGUGAUCCUGGUCAUCGUUGUUCCAAUUUGCACCAUGAAAUCAUGA